AUGUCCACAACAUUGGGUUAUGUGGCAAUUCAAGGAGACUUAGAUGUGCUUGAGUUUGUGCAUGAUAUACCUACAUCAAGGGUUCAAAAUUUGCUUCAACCACAAUUGAUACAAGUAGACGUACAAGAUGAUGUGAACAUUGCUGAUGUUGUAGAUGAUGAAUAUGAAGAUGAGGCUACUCAAAAGGAAGAUGAGGAGCAACAGCUAGAUGAGGAAGAAGAUGUAAAUGUUGAUGGAGAGGAUGAUGAGGAAGAGCGCAUGCAGUUCAUAGAUAUUGUUGAAGAACCACAAAGAGAACUUGGUGAUAUUCCAAGUGAUGACCACAAUUCAGAGGACCUUCUAAGUGUUUCAGAAGAGGAAGAUGAAGUUGAUGAAAAUACAGUUUUGAAAAAGGUUAGUUGCAAAAGAAAAGCUCCUAGAGAGGUAAUAAGAUUCUAUGUAGUUUCAAGUCUCAAGUGCUUGGCCACUGAGAUGGAGCCUACUACUAGGAUCAAGACAUAUCAAUCUAAGCAUGUAAGUGGAAGGAUGCAGCAGACCAAGUUUGCCACUUUUUCAUGGCUUGCUCAAAGGUUUGAUGAGGACUUGAGAGAUAAUCCUAAUAUGUUUAUGUCAGAUUUCAUGAAGAUAGUGAGGAAGAAUUAUGACAUAGAUAUCACUGCAAACCAGUUUUACAAAGCCAAGAGCAUAGCUAAAGAGAGAAUAUAUGGAAGUAUUGAAGAGCAGUAUGCAAAAUUGUGGGAUUAUUGUGAAGAGUUGAAAGCAAACAAUCCAGGCGAGAAGAGGGGGAGUUAG